UUCUUUUUCCCGUAUAAUUGACUAUAGUAUGGUAUUUUUACUGCCUAAUUAACUGUUCUCAAUCAAUUUGAUUUUAUAUACUGUAUAUUGAACGAAUAGUUAACAACAUUCAGCACAGUUAAUUUCCAUCUUUAUAGUUAGCUGAAACAAUGGUUAUCUCAAUCGGUUUGGAAGGAAGUGCAAACAAGAUAGGAGUAGGGAUAGUGCGGGAUGGUGAAGUAUUGUCCAACCCCCGACGCACCUACUGUGCUCCCACGGGUCACGGUUUCUUACCACGUCACACCGCGCAACAUCACCGAGACAAUAUCCUCAAACUAGUCAAACAGGCUAUCGAUGAAGCAGGUGUAUCAAUACCAGAUAUAGACUGUGUGAGUUAUACUAAAGGACCGGGGAUGGGAGCGCCGCUAGUCAGCACUGCAAUUGUAGCGCGCACUCUGGCGCAACUCUGGAACAUUCCUCUCAUGCCUGUUAACCAUUGUAUCGCUCAUGUUGAGAUGGGGAGACAGGUAACAGGUGCAGAUAACCCCACAGUACUCUACGUGUCGGGAGGCAAUACACAGGUUAUCAGUUACAUGAAUCAGAGAUACAUGAUAUUCGGUGAAACCCUGGAUAUAGCUGUCGGCAAUGCUCUGGACAGGUUUGCCAGAGUGUUGAAGUUGAGUAACGACCCCUGUCCUGGAUACAACAUUGAGCAGCUUGCUAAACAGGGAAAAAAGUUUAUUGAGCUACCUUACUGUGUCAAAGGAAUGGAUGUCAGCUUUUCUGGACUGUUAUCGCACAUUGAAGGGACUGCUGUAAAGAUGCUUGCGGCAGGAGACUGCACUAAAGCUGAUCUUUGUUAUUCUUUACAGGAAACAGUGUUCGCGAUGCUGGUGGAGAUAACCGAACGAGCGAUGGCACAUACCAGGUCAAAACAAGUUCUAGUUGUGGGUGGAGUUGGCUGUAACUUGAGGCUCCAGGAAAUGCUCGCUGUCAUGGCACAAGAGCGAGGUGCCAGUCUAUGUUCGACAGACGACAGAUAUUGUAUCGAUAAUGGCGCAAUGAUAGCACACACAGGAAACUUAAUGUUUGUUCACAACAUGGAUACUUCAAUAGAGAAGUCAGGGAUAACUCAGAGAUUCAGGACUGAUGAAGUUCAUAUUGCGUGGAGGGAUUAAUAAAAGGAAGAAGACCACUAUGAGGAAACACGAGAGUCAGCCAGUCCUUUCCACUCAGAAAACUACCGUUAUACCACUUCGCAGGAGUCGCUCCUCUGGUUCCAUGGACUUCGCCACAGCACCUAGAGUCAAAUCCUUCACUACCAACAAUGGUGUCUCACUAGAACCUUUCAUUCUCCCUCCCUCCACCCCCAUUAGAUUGACUCUUCUUCCCACUACACUUGUUCGGGCAAACUACAGACAAUCCUUCACUUCUGUCACACGGAAACGGAUAACACGUGGAUGUCAAAGCUUUGUGAGGAAAAUGUACCACCCAAGAUCAUUACCAAACCCUCCGAAAAGACAUAGUGACACUACACUGAUGAACGGAACAUUUAGACGCAGUUUGCCUGAGCUCAGCAGCAACUCUGUUAUGAUGUAAUUUUAUUGAAUAAUUUAUUGAUGUAUUUAAUUUUAUUCUUACAAAUUUCCGUAAA